UGUGUGGGGAGAAGUGGAACGAAAAGGGAUAUUCGUUCGCCAGUAUCAGACUAUCGGUAACCCGCGCUCAUUUCUUCCUCAUUGUGUUUCACUGUAUCUUCGUCUCGUUCUUCUUCAGCUGCUUGGGCAGCAGCAUAUUGUGUUGCCGUCUUGUCAUAGGUCAUUCCUAUCUGUUGUAAUGGAUUUUCUAUUCUCUACUAAACCUCAUGGGGUCAAUCUCAAGCUAUCCUCCUCCCUCUUCCUUCCUUUCCCUCCCAAGUACCAGUCUUGUCGCACUCGCUUCAUCCCUAAGUCCGCCUCCAAGCAGGUUAAGAUUCGGUGCGAGUUCGAAGGGAAAGUUAACGGCGCUCUUUCUGGUGAUUUUGACCCCCGCUUCAUUGACCGGCAAAAAGCGUUGGAAGCAGCAAUGAAUGAUAUAAAUAACUCAUUUGGAAAGGGAAGUGUCACAAGAUUAGGCAGUGCUGGAGGAGCUUUGGUUGAAACUUUUCCAAGUGGCUGUUUGACGUUAGACUGUGCUUUAGGUGGUGGCCUUCCAAAAGGAAGAAUUGUGGAGAUAUAUGGACCAGAAAGCAGUGGGAAGACCACCCUAGCACUGCAUGCCAUUGCGGAAGUGCAAAAGUUAGGAGGUAAUGCAAUGCUUGUUGAUGCUGAGCAUGCUUUUGAUCCAGCAUAUUCUAAAGCUUUAGGAGUGGAUGUAGAAAAUUUGAUUGUCUGCCAACCUGAUCAUGGAGAGAUGGCUCUUGAGAUUGCAGAUCGCAUGUGUAGAUCUGGUGCGAUAGAUCUCAUUUGUGUAGAUUCUGUGUCAGCUCUCACUCCACGGGCAGAAAUUGAAGGUGAGAUUGGAAUGCAGCAAAUGGGGUUGCAAGCUCGUCUCAUGAGCCAAGCUUUGAGAAAGAUGUCUGGAAAUGCCUCUAAAGCUGGUUGCACUCUUAUAUUUUUAAACCAAAUAAGAUACAAGAUCGGUGUUUACUAUGGAAAUCCAGAAGUGACAAGUGGUGGAAUUGCUUUAAAGUUUUUUGCCUCAGUUCGACUUGAAAUACGUUCCACAGGGAAGAUAAAAUCUGCUAAAGGUGAUGAAGAAAUUGGCCUUAGGGUUCGUGUGAGAGUCCAAAAGAGCAAGGUAUCAAGGCCUUACAAACAAGCUGAAUUUGAGAUUAUAUUUGGAGAGGGAGUCAGCAAACUGGGUUGCAUUUUAGAUUGCGCAGAAAUCUUGGAUGUUGUCUCAAAGAAGGGCUCUUGGUAUAGCUAUGGAGAUCAUCGGUUGGGACAGGGAAGGGACAAAGCAAUGCUGUACUUGAAGGAGAACCCUCAUCUUCUAGAAGAACUUGAAAAGGUUGUUCGGUCUUCACUGAUAGAGGGAACUGGCCAAGCAGGAUUUGCAUAUAGCAGGAACACGGCACCAUCCCUUGAAGAUGAAAUUAUACUUGAGGAAACUCCAUGAAGAGCAAAUUCUUCUGGCGUUACUGAUUAACUGGGUGAUGCAUAGCUUACUGAUGAAGAAAGAUUUCCUCCCCAUGACAAGUGAAGUGGAUCUGGUUUUGACGAUUUAAAUGCCAUUUCUUGGUUGAACCCCGUUCAAUUGGGAAAUGUUUAUGCAGCUCAGGUGAUUUGAUUUGUACUGCUUUUCUCAUUGAUCUUAAGAGAAGCACAAGCAACACAAAUGGAGAAAUGAGCAAACAGAGAAAGUGAAAGCAGUACAAAUGUUGUACUUCUAACUCGUAACAAAUAAAAAAGGUAAUAGUUAUUCCAUUUUAUUUCCUUGAUUGCUAUUUUCCCCUUCUAUUGCUUGCUGCAAUCGCUUCUGAAUUCCUUUCAUGUUCAUUCUUAGUUUUUCAUUUGUUUGGGGUUGGAGUAAUAUCACCGAUGGCCCUUGUCACUGACAGAAUAACUAAUAGCCUUAUUAUAUAUGAUCAUACCAACAUGACGAAUUCUUUAA